AUGGCGGCAACAAUUUAUCCAGCUGGAUUUCGAUAUUUGCCUCUACCAACAGUGCAGCUCUCUCUGGCAGCGGUGCUGAAUUGCGGACAAUCUUUCAGGUGGACAUCACUGCCUUUGACUUCUGGCCACGAAUAUCGAUUAUGCUUGCGAGACCGAGUGGUCUGUCUGAGGCAGUCCCCUGACGCUCUAUUCUACCGCUCUGUCUUCCCAGAAGGGGACUUGCCCCAUGCAGAGACAGCCCUCCGAGAAGCCGAGACAUUGACGUGGAUAAAGGACUACUUCCAGCUGGACGUCAAUCUCCUUAAGCUGUACGACGACUGGAGUGAACGCGAUGCUGUCUUCCGCACCCUUCGAUCUCGCUUUUCCGGCAUUAGAAUUUUGCGACAGGAUCCAUGGGAGAAUCUCAUCUCAUUCAUUUGUUCCUCCAACAACAACAUAGCGCCGCCAUGCCCAGCCGUCGCUUCAGCUCCAACGGUGGCAACAUACCAUCCUUUCCCACCGCCAAGUGCACUCGCUGCCCCAGAGGUGGCAGCUCAACUGCGGUCACUAGGAUUUGGAUACCGUGCCGAUUUUAUACAGCGCACUGCGAAAAUGCUUGUGGACGAACAUGGCACCACGGUUGCAGCGAAGUCCAUAGAGGGGCCUGAAAGGUGGCUACUGAGUCUCAGAGAUGUGGAUACGAACAAAGCGAGAGAGGAAUUGCUCAAGUUUGUCGGGGUCGGGCGUAAAGUUGCCGACUGCAUUUUGCUCAUGAGCUUGGACAAGCGCGAAGUCAUUCCGGUAGACACCCAUGUUCACCAGAUUGCAAUGAAGCAUUAUCACUUUCCCCGCAGCAGCUCGAAGGGAAAAACGACGAUGACGCCGAAAUUAUAUGACGAGAUCAGUAAAAAACUGAGUGAUAUAUGGGGUGAGCAUGCCGGUUGGGCCCAUUCCAUCCUAUUCACAGCCGACCUGAAAGCAUUCUCAACGUAUGGGCUACUCGAGGACCAGUCUAGAUCAGCACCCGAGAUGGUGCUUGGCGCGGAUCCAGAAUCAGGGAGAUUUACGAAGGAACCCGGUCCGUCUUUGAAGAGGAAGCGAGGUAACGACACAAAUGGUCAGGCGUAUUCGUAUUUGCAGGAUGAAGGGGCCAGUCUUCUUGAGCGAGUAAAGACGCGACGCCGAGGUGUCGCUGUACUCGCAUAG